GACAGGAGGCGGUGGCAGAGGAGGAGGCGAGGCAAGACCUGCAGCUCUGCCAGGCCACAGCCGCGGUAGCGCAGGGCAAGCCUACGGAGCCAAGUCGGCCUCAGCCUGACUGCGAAUCUCGCGCCCCCAGCCUACCAGUCCAUCCGCCUCGCUGCCUGCCCGCCCGAUCUUUCCCGGGCAGCCUCCUCUGCACCACCCGCCGGGCUCUUGGGGCCCCGCGCGGUCCAGUCGGCGUUCCCGGCCGCGCCCGGCCCCUGGCCCGCCCGCUCGCCGGCACCAUGAUGGAGGAGAUCGACCGGUUCCAGGUGCCCACCGCGCACUCGGAGAUGCAGCCGCUGGACCCAGCCGCCACCUCCAUCUCAGACGGAGACUGUGACGCCCGGGAGGGUGAGUCAGUAGCCAUGAAUUACAAACCAUCCCCGCUCCAGGUGAAGCUGGAGAAGCAGCGGGAGCUGGCGCGGAAGGGCUCCCUGAAGAAUGGCAGCAUGGGCAGCCCUGUCAACCAGCAACCCAAGAAGAACAAUGUCAUGGCGAGGACAAGGCUGGUUGUCCCCAAUAAAGGCUAUUCCUCGCUUGAUCAGAGCCCAGAUGAGAAGCCACUGGUAGCCCUUGACACAGACAGCGAUGAUGACUUCGACAUGUCCAGAUACUCCUCUUCUGGCUACUCCUCUGCUGAGAUCAACCAGGAUUUGAACAUCCAGCUGCUGAAGGAUGGCUACCGGUUAGACGAGAUUCCCGACGACGAGGACCUGGACCUCAUCCCUCCCAAGUCUGUGAACCCCACCUGCAUGUGCUGCCAGGCAACGUCCUCCACUGCCUGCCACAUUCAGUAGCAGGCAGGGCCACUGCGGUUCACAGGGGAGGCGCCACUCCACUGGGCCAGGUCGGACAGGGCAGGGCUGACCAGUCCUGCUCUCCGCCUGUCCCCCGGCCGUGCCCCCUACAGCCGCCAACCUCGUAACAGUCAUUGCUUCCUCCUAUGGUAGGACGUGUACCUCUGUGUGUUCCUGGAGCCGGAGAAACCAAAACUGGGUCUCUCUCCACCCGGGGGGCUGAGGGAUGGGGCUCUUUGUUCAGUUACUUGGGGAACCUCACUCAGCAAACUCCUCUUUCCCAAGGCUGCAAUCUUGGGGCUGCAGGACUGGAUGGCAGGGAGGUCAACACUAACACGCAGGGAGGAGGGAAUCUACCCAGGCAGGGGCUUGGCCCCACCCCAGCAAAGCCAUGAAUGCCCCAGCCCAGCCUGGCAGGGAAAGAGAUUUGGGGGGAGAAAGGCCCAGGGCAGUGGGAGCAGAGCCUAGCAACCGUGUGCCCCCGGUAGCCCAUGCACCUCUGUGUGUUUUUCUCCCACCUCCAGAUGGGAAGCCUGUCAAGGAGGCCCCAUGGGGUAUCAUCUCCCACCCAUCAGAUCACUGCCUGCCUCUUGCUCUCUGCUGUGGCAGAAGGAAAAGAAAGGCCCGCCAGGGGGUGGUAAGACCUGUGCUCCCGGGUUCCUCCACAAUGCAUCUGUCUCUCCGCCUCCCCUGUCCCCCAGCCCCUGCAACUUCUGCCCAUUGCCCAGGCUGGAAGCAGAACAUAAGCCGCCUCUCACACCCCGUUGCUCUCUUUCCCAGCCCAAAUGCUGGGAGGCCGCUUCCCAUUAAAUCUCUUCAAAGAGUAAGCUUAGGAAAAUACCGUGGGCUGAAUGGCUGUGCAUGCACAGCAGUGUGUGUGUGUGUGUGUGUGUGUGUGUGUGUGUGUGUGUGUCCCUGUGUAUGUCUGUGUGUCUAUGUCUGUGUCUCUUUGCUGGACCUGUCUCUCCGGUCUUCUCUUCCUGUCAUAGCUUUGUCAGAUAUGACAGUGUGACCUGUUUGCAGUUGGGAGAGACUGCUCAGAGCCAGCCAGGGAGCCCAAAGGCUGUGUUCUGCUCCCAGCUCUGAUGCUCCAAGUGAUCUGCAGCAAGCUCUGUGCUAUCUCCAGGCUUCAGUUUCCUCAGCUGAAAAUAAAUAGCAGCUGAAAUUCUUGUUAAGGUCCUUUCAUACCCAGAGGAGUUUCUUCACAGGAAUUUCGACAGAGGGCAUGGUCUCACUCCUGGGCGUGUGUUAGUGUGGAAAGGGAAGUACGUGCGAUCUGUGUGGAAGAGCUGUGUGUGUCUGGGAAUGUAAGUAUGUGCAGAGGUAUCUGACUUGUGUAUGCAGCUGUGUGAAAUAUCUGUGGGUCAGGAGAUUUGUUCUGCUGCUUCUGCCACUAUUGCUGGUCUAGGGCCAGAGGCCAAAACAGCUGAGGAUAAGAUCAAGAGGGAAGCGGUGAAUGGGGCCCCCCCAGGCUGGGCCAUCUAGAACUCACCUUCAUGUGAAGAAGAGAGAAAGCACGUGUAGCCUCGGGCUGCAUGUGCCAUGCCCACAAGCUGCCUCCGCAGAGCCUGCCUCCCUGGGCCCCCACGCUGGUUGCCAGCACACGCCGGUGUUCCCUCUGCCACAGACACCACCACGUGCCACUCUCUGGACACUAGUCCUGGGAGAUAGGAGCUGGAACCGGGUAGGGAGAGGGGGCAGAGGGGCAGCACCAUUACCUGCUCCCCAACCAGGAGCUGCCAACUCCAGAGUAUUGGGGUACGACUCUAUUCCUCACACUUCCAACCCACCUUUGUCUCUUCUAAUGCAAGGACUCCAGUUAGAUGGUGAAAGAGUGCCAAGGGAGGCCAGGGCAGUAAAGACAGCUUCAGGGCCCACAAGCAAGCCCGAAGUGCCCCCCACCUGAGCCCUCUCCACCUUGGUCAGCAUCGCAUCGCCACUAUCACCUGGCCCAGAGCCAGGCCUCCCACUACCCCCAUUACACCCGGGGUUCCCUGGUUCCCUUUCUACAACAUGGGCACCUCCUCUGUUUUAGACUUCUGCCUUUGCUGUUGACUGACUGUGUGACCCUGGCCCACUGGUAACUCUCUGGGGCCCUGAGGAAGCAGCGAGAAGCUCCCUUCCCACAGGACACACUGGUUCCCUGGCAGGCAAGGGCUGCACCUAAGGCGCACACAUGUGGCAGGGAGAGGAAGCUGGCAGCCAGCAGCCUCUGCCUCGGAGCACGUGGUUCCCUCCUGUGCACCCUAGGAGAUUGAAGGGGAAGAGCCAGGCCUUGUCUCGCCCCCUCCCCGUCCCCUUGUAGAUUCUGCCUUAACACCCUCUAGCCCCCAGCCGUGGCUGUGCCCAGCCAGGUUUCUCCGAGCUCACUAAUUUAUUUACAGGAAGGUGGAAGACAUGAGCCGUGUAUAAUAUUUUUUUUAACAUUUCCAUCGCAGUAUUGACCAUCAUCCUUGGUUGUGUAUCGGUGUAACACAAAUAAUGAUAUUAAAAGCAGCAAAGAAGCCA